AUGGUGGCCCGCAGAGCUAUACCCAGUCAUCAAGAGACAUUUUGCUGUUUCUGCUCAGGGCCUUUGGCAAAUGUUAAUGACACUGGGAUCCGCACCGGCGAGGACACUGACGAUUCAAGUUCAGAAGAUGAAGUUCAAGAGAACGACAUCGAUGAGUCAAAUUUCGCAGAGAUUGCCAUUUCGAAUCGAGAUCGCGCUGUUUGGGAGAAAUACGUCCGUAUAACACCUCAAUUUCCUGAGACGUUUGUAUCUCCUCCUUGCCAUGUCGACGAUGACGGUCUUGUUUCGGUUGAUGGAUCGGAAACAAAUGAAUGGGAAACAGAUGAAUGGGAAGAUCAUCUCUUGAUCCAUUCAGUAUGUCUGGCCUUCAUAUGUCGGCAUAACAGCAUAACCCCAGAACAACUAUGGGAUACCAUAUUCGGGGUCACCCAUGGUUUGAAGGAACUUAAUGGACAGAUCACCGGUAUCGAUUACUACGAAAUCGCAAAGAUAUGUCAAAAAUCCUUUGAUUAUGACGCAUUUGCACAGAGUUCGGAAUCGAAAACAGAAACAUCCCACGACUUGGCAUGGCUACUAACGAGACCGACAUAUCUGCCUACACCCCGGGAGCUCCAGCUUGUGACCACCAUGGACCCGACUCCGCGAUCUGGACACAAGUUGUUUGAUAUUCCCGAGUUAUUCGGUUAUAUCCUUGACCAAAUCGCCGUUGUGCCUAACGCCGUCAUUGAAUCGGAGCUGAAACCCCAUACGACCAAAUGCAACCAGCGGGAUGGCAACUAUGUCAUAUUCGAAGCUCCAUCGGCUAUUACCGCAGCCAAAACCCUGCUUUCACUGGCCCAGGUGAACCGAUCGUUCUACCACACGAUAAUGGGCAGCCGACAGGAUCUGUUUUUACAAGCAAUGCGGAACUUUGGAUGGAUGCUUCCUUUCACACCAGCCGAUUGGAUCGACAGUGAAUGGCCGGAUGCAGUCUUGAACGGCAACGCUAUUUCGUUGGCUUCCAAGUAUGACUGGCGUGCUUACAUGCUCAGUUGCCUUCGCAGGGGUUCCCCGAGCCUUCGUAACCGAUGGAGAUUACAUAAGGUGGCAGUACAAUUUGCUCGAGGACAGGAGUACAGGUCAGCAGAAGGUCGGCAGAGCUAUUGGAAAGCAGGAACCUUAGCCUCCAAACCUGAUUUGGAAAAGUCGGAGGCAAAGGGUUGGGAAGUUGGCGUACAGUGGUGGUAA